GGAAGUUGUCAUACCUUGGUACUCUUCAAUUGUGAGAUUUGGCGCUAGAAUUUGACAUUUCAUUAGAAGAUUUAUCAAUUUGAAGCUGUGUUGAUGGCAGAGUAAAAACAAAACUAAAGGCCAAAUGGGUGACAAGUAUAAUCCUCUGUUUGAACUGGGAGCCGGUUCAUUUGGGAAAGCCUGGGUUGUAAAAGACACCAAGACACAGAAGAAGUAUGUUUCAAAAGUUAUUCAGAUCAAAGGUUUGUCGAGCGAGGCCCUCGAUCGUUGUGUGACGGAGGUUGCAGUUCUUAGUGCAUGUUGUCAUGAGAAUAUCGUACGGUAUUUGGAAGCUUUCGUCAGUAACGGGGCUCUGCAUAUCGUCAUGGAGUACGCAUCGGGAGGAGAUUUGCAGCAGAAGAUUGAGAAACAGAACGGUGUAUUGUUUACUAGUGACAAGAUACUAGAGUGGUUUCUACAAGUCAUCCUGGCUUUAGAGUAUAUCCAUAGCAAAAAUAUACUGCAUAGAGAUUUGAAGCCACAGAAUAUUUUCCUGACAGACAUUGGUGUAGUGAAGCUCGGUGAUUUUGGUAUAGCUCGGGUUCUCAACAGUUGUGAUGAUCUAGCUUCAACUAGGAUAGGAACACCUUUCUACAUCAGUCCUGAAAUCUGUGAGAGAAAACCAUAUAACAGUUGUAGUGACAUGUGGGCAGCUGGAUGUCUCCUGUACCAGAUGUCCAUGCUGCGUGUACCAUUUCAUGCCACAAAUUUUGAUGACCUCUGCAAGAAUAUCAUCAAGGCUCAAUAUGACCCAAUUCCAAGCCAAUUUCAAGGAAUUAUAAAAGAUUUGAUUUCAAAGUUGUUGGUCUCUACCCCAGAACAUAGACUCUCAGCUUCACAGCUGCUUCGGUUAGAGUCCUUGCGAGAUAUUGUGUUAUAUUUGAAAUCCAGAAACAGACGUAAAGGUCAGAGUUCAAGGAUAAGGUCAAAUAGCUUAGUCACUGAAAGGUCAAGGUUAAAUUUGUGUUCAAAAUCUAGGUCAUCUAGUGUGAACAGAUUGAAUAGGGAAUCAGUUGGAAAUGGUGAAGUGAUGUUUGGUAAACAACAUCAAGAUAAAUACAAAGGCUCAGAUGAUGUUAAUAUCAGAAAUAAGAAUGUACCAACAGAUAAAAACAGAAUUUGUAAAUCAAAUGUUGAAGGCGGGUCUGAACAGCAUUAUAGCAGAGGUGAUGAAAAUUGUUUUAGAAUAGACAGAGACAGAAUAACUGAAAAACAUGAUGGUGAAGCAAAUAUAAAUGGUGCAGAAAAACUUGCCUAUGUCAAUCCCAGUAUAAGUAGAAGAAACAUUAGAAGUGUCAGUGAUGAUGCAGUUGGAACUAAAGCAGUUGAAAAGUCUAACAACAAAGUAGAGGAUGAAAAGGAACUCAAUCUAACCAAAAAACCAAUCAAUACAAAAACUUACGCCAUAAAGGACUCUGUUGUAAAAAGACUGUCACAGGCAUCACCAAUACUGGCACAGACUGUGAGAAAACAGAGGUUUUCCCUGUCAAUUAGUGAAGCAGAUUCCUCAUUGAAAAUGGUAGGUAAUAAAAACGCAAAUUAG